GAACAUUGUUGUGGGAUGUCCGUUUCUACUAUACCUGACAGGUCACAAAGCGGUUUUCGUUUUAAAGAAAAUUGGAGUUUAUACGUUGACAAGUUGUUUCAAAAUGUUGAAGAUGAUUCUGCUAGUUUGAGCCGGUUGUCAGUUUGUAAUGAAACUGAAGUGUUGGCAAUAGUGAAAGGAAGUCAAGUUGUGGUUACUUGGUUGAAGUCCAUUCAACAAUCAACGAACGAGUUGACAGAAUACAAGCGUUUAAAAUUUUCCAAAGUCGUGAAGAACUUUGGUUUUGCCAAGAAAGGAAAUAUAUUAUUCGUUCAUUUGCAACAAGAAGUGAAGCUUACUUUGUAUUCUAUCGCUGCUUUGUUUCAAAAUAACACAGAACCUGUUCAAGUCAUCUCUGUUUCGAGCGUUCCCUGUAAAAUAUGGACAGUAGAAGAAGAAGAACAUCUGUAUUGUAGUGACUAUAGUCAAAUAGAGCGAAUACAUUGGCCAAGUUCAAAGCACCAAAUCUUGUUCCGUUUACCUCAACAAGUGCAGGAGUUGAUGUUUUCUCCAGAAGGUAGAAGAGUGGCCAGUAUAACCAAAGACGCCAAGUUUCAGCUUUGGGAUGACAAGGGAAAGGAAUUGGAUCAACGAAUUCUUCCUUUAGAGUUACCACUUCCGACACUCGAACUAUUUUGGAAUCAUCCCACUAUUUUGUUGAUAAUGGUUCAUCGAAUGGAUGGCAUGUUGUUGAUAUGUUGCAGUAUAGAUGCAGAGACACAUAUUCAGCAAGUGAAUAUUUAUUCUUCGCCUUUUAUCGAAGCACCUUGUUCUAUGAGCAAUGGAAUGUCUCCCUUUGGUAUGAUACAAGUUAUAGAAGAAUGGCAACUCUUCAUUCUAGGUGUUUCUUAUUCAACAGAUAUUCAAGUUAUUUACAAAGAAAAGGAACAAAUAUAUUUACUCAUGUUGGAAGAAGGAGAAGAGAUUUCUUGCCCUGUCGAUGAACAUGGUGGAGAUACUUAUCCUGUAGCUUUUGCAUUAGAUUGGACCAAUACUAUGCCUGUACCUUCCAAAAUCUCUUCUGACACCAAACUUUGUGCAAUGCCCAGACUAGUCUUACUGUUGAAUAACGAUAUGUUGAAAUAUUAUAGUGUUAUUAAUGAUCAUUGCACUCAACCUUGUACUAGAAUUAGACCAUCUAUAGCACCUAUUGUUGUAGGUUUGUCAUCAUCACAAAAAGAAAAGAGUUUAUCUGAAAGUCCAUCUGAGAGCCAGUUAAGCUCUCAUCAGAGAAACUCAUUUACGACUGUGGAUAUGGAUUCUAUGUGUGAUAAUCUUACAAAGAAGAUGCAACGAUUAUUUCAUGAAAUAACAAAGAAACAAGAUAAUUUGGAUGUCUCACUUCCGCAAGAGAUAAUGGAUAGAAGGAUGCUUCGAAUCGAUGCAAGGUAUCAAGAUUGCAAAGUGCAAUGUCGAAAACUUUUACAACAGUGUGACCGUUUACACAAAGAAUGGAUAGAACAGAUUAUAGGAGAAUUGGAAGAAUGCGAAAAGAUGCGUUUGGAAGAAGAACAAAUUUUGUACAACGCUGAAAACCAGUCAGAAACUUUUCUACAAGAUUGGAUUCACCCACAAUGGAAAGAAAUAGAACAACAAGUACAAGAGAAGAAACGACAAAUCGAACACUCUAUUGAUUUCAUUCAAGAAUUUUUAGAGAAAACUUAUCGGGACAGAAAGGCAGCACAUCACAUUGGUGAUACAAGUGUAAUUUCUCAACGCAAAAAAAUAUUUCAGUCAUUAUAUAUACAGCGACAACGCUUAGAAACCCUUUUUAAACGAUUUCAAGAAGUAGAAAGGACAUAUUUGGAUAGAAUUCAAAGCAGUGACACUACUUCAUCAUCGCCAAGUUAUUCACAAAACCGGACUCAUUUUCCAGUUUUAUUGGCAGAGAAUUGGAUAGAUACAAAUACUCUGAUGGAUACCGAAUCUUUAAAGAAAUCUAGCCAAUUGAUCUAUGAGAUGGCCAUGAAUAAUGGAAGAAAUGAAAUAAGGCCUCAACAGAAACCUCUGCAUUUUCCAAAAUUGAAACAAAUUUCUGGAACAAACAACAAGGAGAAGACUUUGAUCAUGAAUCAAGAUCAAAUGUCAAUAGCGUCGUUAUCUUUUCAUUCAGUCAAUAAUUCCAAUGAGCAAUCGUUUUCGCAGUUACAGUCUUCCUCUUUGUUAGCAAAUGAUUCUUCUGCUUUUAGUUUCUCUUUAAAAACAUCCAUGGAACAACAGAAAGAGAAGAUGCCAUCCAAUCGUAUUUCUCUCAAUGAUACGCCUCGUCAAGCUCCAUUGGAUGAGCAUGAACAACAACCAGAAACAACUAAGAUAGGAUAUCAUUUAGACGCUUUCAAAGAGAACCCCAAAGAGUAUGUCCGAAGCAAAUCAUCUUCUUUCCAACAUGUAACCAAUGCAAACUCUCAUUUGUAUCAAGAAAAGGAAGUCCAGCAAUCACAUCCAUCAUCGGAACUUAGUUUGGUAAAACCAGAUGAUGCUUUGCACAAGUCAUCCACAAGUAUUCAAAGUAUGGAUUCCCACUCGAACGAGGGACCAACAGCACCUCUGGAUGGAAAAUCAAAGGAUACGAAAAAUGAAGAUACACUUACAACUCCUCCUAUGAAAUCUUCCAACGAUCAGCAGCAUGAAGAAGUAACUCAACUGACAAUCAAAACUUUGGAAUCCACUGAAGCUGACAAUUCGAAUAUGGCAACGACUGAUCAUUCUGUUAUGAGAGAUUUUGAAUCAAUGGAAUUUUCCAAUGAAAAGCAGUCAGAGUCAAGAACAAACCCGAAUAGUCAAAAGGGUGCGUUGCAAAUGCAAAAUAACCCAUUUGGAAGAGGCUUUCCACAAGUUGGUACUGUCGCUGGGCCAUGGAGUGGCUUCGGAUCCUUGGCUUCCACCGAUUCAACCUUUUCAAGUCCCAGUUCACUAACAACAGUUGUCAAUUCAUCGCAACAGAAUGUUGCCAGCAACACUGGAUUCAGUUCGGGCUUUGGAUCACCUGUCAGCCAUCCUCCAAUGAACAGUCCAUUAGGUACAAAUGUAAAUACUUCAAGUUCUGGAUAUCAAUUUGGUAGCCCUUCUCCUUUUCUUUCUCCCGUUGCAGGAGCUUUUGGCAUUUCAAACGUUACUCCUCCUACAAAUAGAGCAGCAUUUGGUUUCGGUAUGAGUUCUUCUGAUGGGUCAAAUCCGUUUGCUUCUCUUGCGCAAAGAACAGCAACUUCUCCGGUAUUGAGUUCAAAUAUUUUUGGUUCUGUUCCAAACCCAUCCACAAGUCCUGGAACAAAUGCUGCUUUUACAUGGAGUCAGUCAACUAGUACUGCAACAUCCCUACCUCCGUCAUUUAGUCAAAUGCGCAAGUAAUUAUAUCGCCAUAUAGCUAGAAACUAGAAAAGUUUUCGUUUGAGGAGAGCCCAUUGUGUUAAUUUGCAAAGAUGGUACUGAAAUAUUUCGAAGAUGGGAUUACUCGUUGGAUACUAAAUUUCAUUGAAGUAAAUACGUAUACUUCUAAGCCUUUAUGAAGGUGACAAGAGAACUUUUCGCCAAUGCUUAGAGAGGAUAUUUGCUUUUAGAUGAUUCGAAUGUUGUAGGUAUCGACAGCAAAUCGGUUGCUCUUUGGACCGGAAAAAUCUAUGUUGUGAUUGUUGUGAUUGACUCUUGAUACAUUCAUGAACAUUUAUUUCAUUUGAAAAGUUUAAAAUCUUCAAAUUAUUGUUCAUUUAUGUGUCAAGCGAAGCUAGGUUUGACAUAUAUAUGUUUCUUCAUUUUGCUUGAAUAUAUUUAUAUACAUGUUGAUUUGCAAAGAAAAUAUUUGUUAAAACUAGAAGGAUGAAUAGUUGAGAGGAGCAGUUGUGUAUAUAGUGAAAUCCGAAGAGUCAACUGGUUUAAGGAAAAAAGU